UGAAAUUUGAAAUGCCUCUUCGAUUACUCUUCUCUUCACUUGCUUCAUCAUCGUUUCUGAUAAACCCUAGAAAAUUUGGAUCGGUUCGCAUUUCAUCUCCGAUGUCUUGGGCCUGCAAAAAAUGCACUUUCGUGAACCCUCCUUCUCAAAAGCGGGAGUGCGAAAUCUGCUUGUCCCCCGCGUCCCCAAGCGGUCCUUCUUCUUCGUCUUCGUCGCCCCCGAAAUGGUCGUGCAAGGCUUGCACUUUCUUAAACCCUUACAACAACCCCUCUUGCGAAGUCUGCGCUACUCGAUGCCCCGUUCUCUCCCUUUCCCAUCUCGACGACUUGACUGACGCCACUGACGGCGAUUCUUCCGUUGGCUCUGUUUUCUUCCCUCUUCGACCCUGCAACAAAAGAAAGGCCAUCCAUGAAGUUCAUGUUGUCGAGGAUGAUGAUGAUACUUCAAAGAAGGUUAAGCUGUUCAAUAAGGCUACACCUACACGUACCACCGGCGAUGAUAAUGCGGAGUCGGGAAAAGCUUUUAGUACGUUUAAGAUACUGAGUUACAAUGUCUGGUUCCGGGAAGAUUUGGAGUUGCAGAAGAGGAUGGAGGCUAUUGGUGAUCUUGUUCAGUUGCAUUUCCCUGACUUUAUCUGCUUCCAGGAGGUGACUCCCAAUAUAUAUGACAUAUUCAAGCAAUCCACGUGGUGGAGUGUGUACCGUUGCUCGGUUUCUUCUGAGAUGGCUUAUUCAAGACCAUACUUCUGUAUGGUGCUAAGCAAACUGCCUGUUAAGUCUUUCUGCAACAAGCCCUUCAGCAAUUCCGUUAUGGGAAGAGAACUUUGCAUUGCCGAAGUUGAAGCUGAAAGUGGCAAGUCAUUGGUUAUUGCCACUAGCCAUCUUGAGAGUCCCUGUCCAGGCCCCCCCAAAUGGGAUCAGAUGUUCAGCAAGGAAAGAGUAGUUCAGGCCAAUGAGGCUUUAAACCUUCUCGAUAAUAAGCCAAAUGUUGUUUUUGGAGGUGACAUGAACUGGGAUGAUAAAGGUGAUGGCCAAUAUCCGUUGCAAGGUGGAUGGAUUGAUGCCUGGGCUCAACUAAGGCCAAAUGAAAGUGGUUGGACUUAUGACACCAAGACGAACCAGAUGUUGACAGGCAACCGUACUCUCCAAAAGCGACUAGAUCGCUUCAUUUGUCAUUUAACUGAUUUUAAGAUAAUUAGUGUUGACAUGAUUGGGAUGGAAGUAAUACCUGGUCUUUCAUACAACAAAGAGAAGAAAGUAAGAAAUGAGAUCAAACAACUGGUACUUCCAGUUUUGCCUAGUGAUCAUUAUGGUCUGCUUUUGACAAUUUCUAGUGUGUAAUUGCCUGUCUGGAGAAUCUGGCUGUCCGGUGAACCCUUUGUUUUGAUGUUCUCACUCUCUUACCGAUUCUGUAUCUUAGGCAUGUUUUGCAUGCAAUUUUGUACAGAUUACAUGAAAAAUGUAAUGGAGACGUUACUGACAUUGUAUAUGGGGACAAAUGCUGUAUUUUCAGAACUUCAAUCUGCCUUUGAUAUAAUAUAUAAUUUCCCCUCCUCUGUGUUGCA